CCGCUGACCCUGUCCGCCGCGGGCGGGGACGCGGGCGGAGGAGGUGCCGCCGCCGAGCCCCUGGACGCGACCAUGUCGGAGGUGCUGCCCUACGGCGACGAGAAGCUGAGCCCCUACGGCGACGGCGGCGACGUGGGCCAGAUCUUCUCGUGCCGCCUGCAGGACACCAACAACUUCUUCGGCGCCGGGCAGAACAAGCGGCCGCCCAAGCUGGGCCAGAUCGGCCGGAGCAAGCGGGUUGUUAUUGAAGAUGAUAGGAUUGAUGACGUGCUGAAAAAUAUGACCGACAAGGCACCUCCGGGAGUCUAACUCCUUCAGAGACAUUGAGCUAAGGGAAAGGAUUAAGAACAGCGGCGGGCAAUGAGGCGGGCAAUAAUGGUUACUGAGAGAAAGAAAAAAAAAAAGCAUGAAAAAGAGAAAGCACUUUGAAAUUUAUUAUUAGCUUGGUACCCACCAUGAAAUCAACAACCUGUAUCUCAAGUCGGGCCGGGAGACAGAUGAGGCAGGAGGAGGAGGAGGAAGAGAAAGGAGGAGGAGGAGGAGGGGAAGCUUCUGGGCUCCUCUGCAAAAACAAAAAAUAAAAAAACCAUAAAAAUUUUAAAAAAUCACUAUAUACACAUAUAAAGAAAAUUUAAAAGUCUCAGUUGCAGCUAUUUGUCAAAAUUGAUAUCUAUUUCUUUUUUAUAUAUGGUGAAUAUUGCUCAACUCUAGAUCUGGAUUUUUGAACCACUCUCUGAAGGGGCAGCUCUGGGUCUGGAGGUGUUCGCAUUUCUUUGCUGAUUCGGCUGUUUCUAAUGUUUACAUUGUUUAAUCUUGCAAAAAUGAUUCUGUGCACUUGGAUGUGAAGUGCCGUCCAGUUUUAUUAUCUUUUUUAUGUUAUCCUUGGGUGUAUAAAAAAAAACAAAUUGGAAAAUGAGCUCUGUAGAUACCGUUUUAUUUUGGUCAUCUUUUGAAGUUAUCAAGAAUGUGUUUAAAACAAGAAGAUACCUUUUUUUUUCUUUUAUGGAAUGAUACACGGAAAGGAUCUUUGUUUUAUUUUAAAAUGAAUUGUAAAGCUUGUGUUUCUUUGUUGCUGCAAGCUAUUUGCCCAAGUUAAUGCAAAUGGACACAUUUUCUAUGUCAGGAAUAACAACAAAACACAUGAAAAAAAAUGCUUGAGCUUUUUUUCUAACCUCCCCCUCCAGUCUGUUGUAUGAGCUGCCUGGAUUCCCACCCCCCAAUAUUAUGUCAGUUUAUUCUCUUUACUGGACUGUAAAAAAAAUGUAAUCACAAGAGUGCCAAAUAUCUUGAAAUGCCAAAAGGCAUUUUGGUUUCUUUUUUCCCCCUGUGCUCUGAGUCCCCGUACAGGAAUGCUUGGAGUCUUUUGUUAUUUGUAGGGUUUCUCUGAAGGCACACCAGCUGCCUGUUUUGCAUGGUAUUUGCAAAAAAAUGCCUCUUGCGUGAGGAAUCUUUCACCCAUCCUUUUUUCUUUUGUUUGCAACUUUGGACCUCAAGAGGUUUCCUUUCCCUGUUCCCUCUUUUCUUAAUUCAAUAUUCUGUAUGUUGCACCUUGAAGCAGCACACAGGGCUAUUUCUCUGAUGUACAAUAAAGAACUGUUCCUGUGUC